UGAUCAAACACUGGUCACACUGCUAACUGUCGAAGGGUGUUUGGAAAUGUUCGAUAUUUGCGUAAAAUUCUGAGAGCUGAAUGAAAAUAGCCAUGCUGUAGGCGUUUAUUGUGCGUUAUCGAGCAGCGACCUGGCCAGCGCGUGAAAAAGUGCAAACCACAGGCAGUUGUUGCCCCAUCAGCGUUUCAAUUCACUCCUUUCUGGGGGCAGAGCUGCAGAGUUUUGCAGGAGAGAUGUUGUGUCUAUACCACGGAGCAACUGUGUGUGUGUAUCGGCCAUGGCAGUGUGUGCGCGUGUGAGUGCCAGUGUGGGUGUUGUAUGUGCCAGUGUGUGUGUGUGAUGGCACACUGAAAGAAUCAAUAAAGGAUGUGCUGCGGAUUGCUGAGCGAAAAAAAGGACGAAAAACGUCACGUCGCGCAGAGUGCAGGUGCAGAGUGCAGUUAACUUGGCUCGCCUAACGGUACACCACAAUCGCAAUCGCAAUCACAAUCACAUCGAGAGAUAUAAACAAAUAAACUUUUGUGAACGAACAAACAAUUUUGAGACUCGUUUCCGAGCAGAACGCAGCAUUUGGGUAACUUCCUUCCGAGGGAUUCGGAAUCACAAGGACUUGUCUUGGCCACCACUACUGCGGACUACGUGGACUGUGGACUAACGAAAUCGACACCAUGAUGAGGUUCUGCCUGAUAAUGACGAUGCUGACGUCGAUUGCAUACUCCGUGGAGGUGCACUUCGAGGCCCCGGACAGUGGUUUCUUCUUGAAGCACGCUCGCCAACCACCUGUCACGCCGGAGAUAGCCAACGUGCAAACGACCUCGUCGGCGGUGCCGCCUCUGCGGCAGCGCUCUUCCUAUGACUCGGUUUUAUCCCUGGACCGCUUCACCGUAGUGGAGACCACGCAGCCGGUGUCGAUACGCGCCAGCUACGGACCCUUCUCCACCAAGCAGACGGUGCCGGCCCGCUACAUUGUGCCGGACACGAUGGACAGCCAGGCGGGCGGCGGCGACUACAUGAGCAACAACACCGCCACGCUGCUGGAGCUGCAGCAGCCGAACAUGCAUCUGGACAUCUCGGCGCAUCUGGUUCGGCCUAGCGUCUCGCAGGAUGCACCUGUGCUCCGCGUGCUCUUCCAUGCGGGCGCCGAUCCAGGCGGCCAUUUGCAGCGCCAGAAGGUGUGUGUGCUCCUACACGUGGCCAUGGGCUCGGAGCAGCCGCUAAAGGGUCGCUGCAUGCCCGAGGGCGAGGAUGGUGUGUGCGUGGCCGAGGUGGUGGUCCCGCUGGGCUGGUGGCCAGCAUUGCCGGCCCCGAGCCAAGAUGGUGGCAGCCAGGCGCCGCCCAAGGUGCCGCAACGUUACGCCCAGGUGUCGUACAGUGUGUUCGAGCCUCCGCUUAGGAAUCCCGAGCAAUGCGAGCCCAAGGUGCAGAUCCAGCCGCUGACCACGUUCGCCCAGGUGCCGCUGCUGGCGGCCAAGACUCCUUACCGCAUGCUGCGCGCCGAUGAUGCCGUUACCUUCCUGCUGCCCCAGCAUCCACUGUAUCCGCUCUCCCGGCUGCACGUGCCCGUCUUUCUGCACCAGUAUCCGGACCAGCGGGUGGCCGCCUUUACGGUGCGAGCCCGCGUCAAGGCGGGACUACGCAUACUGGGCGCCACCGCCUCCACGGAUCUCUGGACCGUCUCCGUGGAGAAGGAGAAUCCGAAGCAUACCACCGCCCGGGUGACAGCGUUCCGCAAGGAGCCCGAAUCCAGUGUGGAGUCGGGACAAUCCGGCGGAAAUUAUACGGCCGAGGUGUUUGAGGUCUUCUCCUGGCUCCUGGAGGUGGCCGAGGACACCAACGAUAUUGUGGAUGGCGGCAAGAUUGUGUGGUCCGUCACACAUGUUUAUGACACGCCCAAGGACAAGGAUUCGGGCGAACUGGUGACCAGCGAUGAUACCAAGAAGCGACUCAUCGCCAAGCUGGAGAUCAACAAGGAUGACAUUCAGGCGGUGCUGCCGAUGGCCAAGAUCUGGGAGGUGAUGAACACGGCGGUGCUAACUGGACGCCAAGUGGCCCAGGCCAUGAAGGUGUUCAUCGUCUCGCAGGCGGGCAAGGUGGCCGAUGUCACGCUCCAGAGCUCCUGUCACGCCGAGGACGAGAGCGUCAUCAAGGUUUCCUCCUCCUGCAGCUCGGUCUAUGUGGAUGGCUCUGAGCAGCGGGGCUCAUCGAAUGCCUCGGUUAUCGUCAAGUAUGGCACCUACGUGGGCGUGGCCAAGUUCAUUGUCUGGAUGCCGGAGUUCCCCCUGGAAGUCUACAUAUCCGAUUUCAGGCUCUCGCAGAUCAAGGGCUGGAAGGUGACGGAUGACAAUCACUAUCUCCACAACAAGCAGUCGCGGCGGAGGAAGAAGAGAUCGUACGUGUGGGGCCAGCAGCAUGGCACCAACUACUACAACAACCUGGGCGCCGACAAGACGGUGUGCCGGGCACGUUACCAGCAGAGUCCCGUCGAGGUCUAUGCCAAGUUCUUGGCCGUGGACCAGAAUUCUGGACGCACGAGCUACUUUAUCUCGCGACGAACCGGCCUAAGGGUCACUGAUCUCGUGCAGCCGCUGCUCCGGGUGGCCGAUCCCAAGAUAGCCUCGCUCAAGGGACGCAUCCUUCAGGGCAAGUCCAUGGGACGCACAGACGUUCAGGUUUUGUCGCCAAUCACGGGUCGUGUCAUUGGCACCAAGGAAAUCCGUGUGGGCAGCGACAAGGUGAACCUGUCCAAGCUCAUUGUGCGCGUCAUUUCUGGUCUUCAGCUGACCAUCAGUCCGGACAACACGAUAGAGAAUGGCUAUCUGGCGGAGACCUCGGUGACGCACAAGCUGACGGCCCAGUACCAGGAGGGAUUGCUAGACAUUGAUUUGGAGUUUACCGAUGGCUCCAAGACGCCGCUGCGUGACAUUGCCGUGGAGGACUAUUUCCUGCUGGUGGAGAGCCUGGACACCGAGGUGGUGGCCUUUGCCCCCAUGCUGGCCUCGCAUCAUCCCCGUGUGAUUGCCGUGGGCGAGGGCAAUGGCAAUCUGUUGCGCGUGACCCUCCUCCUCUCCGAGGAGUGUCGCCAGCGACGCGGCACUCUGAGCAGCAGCACCAAGCAAAAUAAAUCGAAUCCAGCGCCGCUGGCCAGCGCCUUGGCCUCCAUUGAGGUGGAUUUCAACAAUGUGGAUAUUGUGAGCAAGCAGGAGGCCAUCCAAAACGAUGGCACGGUGGGCAGGGAGCGCAAGAACUAUCGCCAGAUGAGCGAUCUGGCUGAUAUUAUAGUUGGUAUACCGCUGCGCGACUCUAGUCAGCAGUAUGAACCCACUGUUCAGGCUCGCCAGCAUCGGGGCAACAUCCAGGCGGUGCACAAGAAUCAUCAUGUGAAGGGUCCCGCAGGCACUGGCACCAUGUCCUCCAUGGAGCUGGGCAUGUACGUCCUGCUAACCGCCUUCUGCUUUGCCAUCAUUGUCUUUGUCAUCUCGUGCGUGGUCUAUGCCUCCAAGUUCCGGCCAGCCAUGAUUGAGUCGGGCUUGGAUCCCCUGUCGGCGGGCAAGGGGGGUAAUGGUUCAGGCGGAGCAGGCGGCGGCGGUUUCAGGGAUGUGCGCCUCAAGGAGUCCACAACGAAUGUGCACGAUUGGGUCUGGCUGGGACGCUCCACCAUUGACAGGCAGUCGAUGGUCACAGAGUCCAAUACGCAUUUGAAUGCAAGGGACUCCCGCAUGCGCAUCACCAGCAAUCCCAUUGUCAACUACGAUAACGGGCGAAGGGUUAGCUCCUUUGACCAGCAGCCCAAGCUGCAGACGCACAUUGUGCCGGCCUCCAAUCUGAACAAGCAGCAUGCCGAUCACUAUUUGGCCAACGAGCGCAAGGACAAUGCCUUGGACUACAAGCCACCAGUGCCGCCGCAUAGGAAUGUGGGGGCCCGGGCCUGUCUGCCGGUACAGCCCAUACCUGUUCCGGCUCCGGGUUCUGGUUCUACCAGUUCCUUAAAGGAUGCCCCCAUCAAGCGUCAUAGUCAGCUCUACAAACGUGAGCCCAUCCAGGCCAGUGGCAGCGAUGCCAAUGCCAAUCCACAGCAGCAACAACCACUGGAACGUCCCCAUAACCCUGCCCAUCUGCUUCCUCACCCACAUCCUCCCCAUCCGCAGCAUCAGCGCAGCCAUAGCCAUAGCCACAAUUUCAGUCAGGAGCCCAUCAUCAAGGCGGCGCACAACAAGAUCAAGCAGCAGCAACAACAGCAGCAGCAGCAGCAACACGAGGAACUGCACAAUGCCGAGAAGCUGGUGGAGUACACGAAUCCCCACCAGAAGAACGCCUUUCAGUUUGAUUCGUUGACACCAAAAAGAGUGACCAAAGCAUCGGCCGCCUCCUCGCCCAAAGCCAAGGAGAACCACAGCAUGGUGAGCAGCACUGGUGAUGCGGCCAACUCGAAUGCCACCGAUGAGAUUAUGAGGCUGCCGCCAGCGAGCGCCGUCAGCCAAGAGCCCACCACUAAAUCGUCGCGUGUAAAGCGAGCCACUGUGGUGGGCAAUCCCAUGUUCUCGGCCACGGUGGAUGAGUCUGUGGCGCCCGGAGAGCGUCUUGGACUGGAUGAUCUAGACAUGGACUAUGAGCAAAUCAUGCAUUAUUUUGACAACCUAAAGGAGUCAAAUGCCUGAGUACAGGAGAUCAUUGCUAAAAUUCGCGAGAUAUUGUCCACGUUCCAUCAGCGUUAUCAGACGGUUGCCACACCACUGACCACGCCCACGCGCAAGCAGAUGCAGCUGCUCGAUGAGCUGGUGGCGGGAGUGACAGCAGCAGCUGGAAUAACCAACAAAACCAGUAAUCAAAUAUCAGAUGGAGCAGCAGUAGAAGCUGAAAAGGAAGCUAAAGCGGAAGCGGAAGCCGAAGCCUUUGAUGCCUACGAUGGAGCCUUGGAUAUCGAAAGCAGGCAAUUUUAAGCCCAGAUCUAAAACGCAAUUCUAGCAAUACCCAAAACCUUACUCUUAAACCCCCCCCAAGGACAUACCAAAACGUAAGAGAACGUAAGAGAACGAUCUUUUCUUAAACCGGAAACGGAAGCAAGCAUAUUAUAGGAAACGAAGCCAGUCCCAGUCCCAGUCGCAGGAAGGAAGUAAGACAUAUUUAUUGCUAGGCUAAGUUCAUAUUUAAAGCAUACACCUUAUAUGUAACGUGGUGUGUAUCUCGAGGAGCGCGUGCCUGACACACAACAAACUCGAAAUCGCUGGGCAAAAUACACACACAAAAACACAUACAUACAUACAAAGCAUAUGUAGUAUAUAUAUAUAACUGUGUAACUGUAUCUUGUAUCUGCCUAAGUACUAUAUAUGGUGUAGUUAAGGGUCAGAGCCAUCAAAAGCAUAGCUUAAGCCAGACAUUUUUCCAUUUUCACUUUGCUUCUAAACACGCGCAUCUCUAGGUAAUUGCCAAGUCCAAGUCCACCAGGUCCUUCCGUCUGAUUCUCCACGUUUUGUCCAACUUUCAGGUCCUUCUCAAUGUUGCAUAUCCAAAGAGAGUAGAGAAAAAGAGAGAGAGUGAAGUCGAAGUCGAAGUCGAAGCUAAAGUCGAAGUUAAAGUCGAAUUAGAAAGAGAGCGGAGACAGCCUUUGAGAGGGAUUUGCUAGUGGAGAGAGAGAAAGAGAGAGAGAGAGUUUCCAAAAUGUGCCGGGCACCGCUCCCAAAAGUCGCUAGAACUUAAAAACUGAAUAAUAUACAUUGAUAUAUACAAGAAUAUAUAAAUAUAUAUAUAUUUAUGAUUAUAUAAAGCGCGCUAAACUCGAAAAAAAAAACAGAAAUUAAAUGCUGCAUUAUCUAAACAUAAAAAAAAAAACAUGAACAGAAAACGUAUAAGUUGGUAAUGAAGCCUAAAACCUAAUACCAAUCAUAAAUCAUAAAUCAUAAAUCAUAAAUCGUAAAGCUAAAACUAAAACUAGAAAAAACACACAGACACACACACACAACAAAUGAUAUAUAGACGCUUAUGAGCUUUAUUUGAUCGAUUGCAUUGAAAGAAAGCCAAGGAAAGGGUAUAGAAAACACAAGAGAAAGUAUGGGGGAAAUGUUUAACCAAAUAUUAUAUGAUAUUACCGAGCGAUCCAAGCUUUAUAUGACAAAUUUACCAUAUUUAUAGCAUUCGAGCAUAUUUAUUACGAUUAUUAUAAACCUUGUAUUAUGAUUAUUAUGAUUAUUAUUAUUACCAUUAUUAUUAUUAUUAUGAAUAUUGUAUUUAUUGCCAGCGCGAAGAGGAACAAACACAAGCACACCAAAACACACACAACCCAUAACUAUAAAGAUAUAUGUAUGCAUAUCCAUUCACCUUUUGUGCAACUCGUUCCCCCUCAAGCUCUUAUACGGAUACAGAUAGUUAUCAUACUCUUCAUUCCAUUAGCAAAUCAUACUGAUAAGAAAUACUAGACCCAAACCCUAUAUGUCUUCUUUCGUUUUCUAAGCCUGUUUUCUACAUCUACAUGCAUAUAUCUAUAUAUAUAUACUUUUAGUAUAAGCGACUCUCAUCCUUAGUUUAUAUUUUAGAGGCCAUCUAAGUAUUAUGUUCGUCUCUCCCCCCACCUUUGUUGAGCCGUGUGUCAUUGUUUCAUAAUCAUAUGUUGUAAAUUGUUCCGUCCAAAAAAAACAAAAACAAAAAAGGGAAGAAAGAAGGUAAACACAGCUGAAAAGAAACACAAAAAGCAAAGAAUUGUAAAACGAAAUUAAGCAAUCUAUAUUUGAUUUUUGUAAAAUGCUUAAAAAAAACAAAAACAAAAAAACAAAGCUAAACUAAAUUUGUAAUUCUACAAGUCCUUGUACUGUACAUAACGUGUUAGGGUGUGUGUGCAGUGCGUUUCUUAGCUAUAAGGCAGUUGGCUCGUUGAAUCCCUCUUAAAGCUCCCACAAUUUUUCAGCAUCUUAUAAAAGCCUUUUUAAAAAUAUUUAUAUAUACAUAAAUCAUACAUACUAAAAUAUGAGAAACAGUUAUAGAGAAUCAAAAGUUCCAUUAGUAGAUAAUAUUUUCUACGGCCUAAAUGAUAGCUUUGUCACUUUGUUCCGGCCUUAUAGCUAGGACACGCACUGUACAUAUUAUAUAUAAAAAUAUAUAUAUAUAUAUUAAUAUAUUUGUAUUAAUAUUAAUAUAUAUAUAUUUUUAACUUAAACUUGAGUUGCUCUUUCUACCAAUCUAAGGACUGCAAACACACGCUCUCACAUCAGACACAUCACCAACUUAAGGUAAUAUCAUUAGCCUAUAAUACUAGCUUGAAUUGUUUAUAACCUUUUUUUUUUGUUAAUUUUUUUUUAUAUAUUUUUUUCUGCCCCAGAAACAUAUCCUUUUAUCCUAAAAACACACACACAAUUCUCAGUCGAGCUGCACUGCCAUUAUUGGUGAAAGUGAGAUUUAGGCCUAUUGAAGCUUCCAGCAUUUACCAGUGCCAUAUACAAUGUAAACUUUAUACAAAUUUACCUACACACACCACACCACACCACACACACACACCACUUCACAUGCCCAGUCUGGGCAUCGAGCUUAGCACAAGCCUUCUUCUUCCAAGCUUGCUUGUUAGAGGGAAAACUUAGAAGAGAAAAAGCAAAAGCAGAAGCAGAAACAAAAGCAAAAGCAAAAACAGAAGCAAAAGCAGAAGCAGAAAACAGCCUCCCUCCAGAAUGUAGAAUUAGCUGAUCAAAAUACUAGAUGUAUAGCUAUACGAAAUAUCAAAGAUGUCCCGCUAAUUUGUUAUUUAAUUUUGAUUUAUCACAAAAACUUGAAUGAUUCUAAAGGAUAUGCAAAGUCUAGAUAAUAUCCCUUUUCUAAAAACUAGAUCUUAUCUUUAUAAAACCCAAAGAAAAGCGAUUGGAUCGGUUCUCGUACAUAUGUGUUUCGACGAUUCCAAUGCAAAGACUUCUUUUGUAUAAUCUUUUUUAACCAAACUAUAUUUAUACCUAUUUGCGGACAUUAUAUUAUAUUAUUAAUAUUGUUUAGGGCAAAAUUUACAAUGUUCUCUAGUCAGUUCAAAGCGUUUUUUAUUCGUUUUGUCACCCACCCACCCACAGUACACACACACACUCAUACACCCACACUGAUAGUUUUAUAUAUAUAUAUAUAUAAAUAUAUAGUCAAGGCAAGCUUUUACCGCCCCCUGCCCACGCCCCUUCUAAUCCUAAGCUGUAUGUAUAUGUAUAUGUAAUAUCAAAAAAGAAAAAAACAAAAAAAAAAAAUGCACACAAAAUAUGAAAAUUAAAAAGAAAACACAUGAAACUUUGGAUUUACUUUUUUUUUGUCGAUCCCAUUCAACGAUUUUUAUAGUUAUAAUAUUACCUAUUAACGAUAAACGAUUAACGCCGGCUAAGUGUAAUGCGAUAACAAGAGAUAAAAGUACGAAAGAAAUAUAACCGAAAGCUAUAAAGGGGACACUCGGAUUCUUUCCCACUAUAUAUUAUGAAUCGAGAAGAUCACAAAAGUUGUUUAUGCUGCUUUUUUGCAAAAUGAGAAAUGAGAAAUGAGAAGACGGUAAACUAAUGAUGGAAAUUAGGCUAUACUUAAAUAUACAUACAAAUUAAAUGCAUAUAAAUAUAUAUAUAUAUAUAAAUAUAUGUGUGUGUACGAGAGCUAAAUUCGCUUGGUAAAGAAACAAAGAAAACCUAAAUACCAUAAACAAUCCAAAAACUAAUUACGCUAAGUGAAAACAAAAAAGAGAAAGAUAGAGUGCGAGAAGCAAAGAAAGUACUAUACGAAUAUGUAAUGUUUUUGCCAUGUAAGUUCUAUGAAUGUCCCACCUGCCUGAUCCCGCUUCGAAGAUAAUGCCUAAAUAUAUAGUUCCCCCCAAGAGACACCCCGCUGAUUUGCACCGCUCUCCCCCCAAAAAAGAAACAAAAAGAAACCUUCAAGCGAUAAACAAAGAAAACGAUAGACGAUGAUUAGCAAAUAAGCGAUUUAUCGAUCGAUCCGCCGCAUAAUUGUUAACAUUUGUAUCAUCGGUUAUUAAACGUAGUUGUUGUGUAUGUAUGUAUGUAAGUAUGUAAAUGUGUGCUUACCCCCCCCCAAGAUAAUGAUAACGAUAAAGAUAACGAUUAACGAUUAAAGCAGUGUAACAGUGUAACGGUAAAGGGUCAAAGGUAACGAUAGAUGCAAAGAAAUUAAUACUCAAUUCUUGUUGUUAUUAGCAGCGCAUGUCUUUUAAGAGCUAGUGAUAUAUGAUUUAUACCAUCCCGAUAUCCAGAUGGAUAUCCUCCCCAGGUUUUUUAAGCAAGCAAAAAGAGAAGAGACACACACACACACACACACAUACAACACACACGAACAAAAUCAGAGUGAUCUCCACGAAAUGCUUAUAUUACUAUAUACAGCCAUAUUUAAACAGCAUAUAAAGAUUAUACAACAACAAAAAAUAUAUAUCGAUCAUUACCAAUUUGUAUAAGAUUUUCGAGCAAGGGAACCGAAUCCCCCUCCCCCCCCCAAGCCGUAUAGAAACGAAUGAUAGAGGGAGAGAGAACACACUUUUGCUUGCUCCUCAGUUAAAGCUGAUCCUUCCGAUCGAUUAGUACCUUGUUUCCUUAUAUUAAUAACAAUUUCACCAACAAUUACAACAACAACAAAGCAAGUCACCAAAAUGAAACGAAAUGAAAGCAAACGAAAAGCAGCGGAAUGAAUCGAAUCGAAAAUGAAAAUGAAAAUGAAAAUGAAAUUAAAGUUGCCAUGUAAAACACCUUAGUAGAUUAUUAUCAUUAUGAUUAUGAAUUAUUAUUAUGAAUAUUAUUAUGAUUAUUAUUAUAAUAUUAUUAAGCGAACAACACCUUUUUGUUUCAACGAAAGAAGGCAAACAAAAAAAAGCAAAACAAAGAAGCAAACAAAAAUAUUAUAAAUAUUCAAAAAUGAAA